ACCCUUAGCCUAUUGACUAGUCUUACCUCCUAGCCUAUCUAGGAUUCACGAUGUUUUCCACGUCAGCAUGCUAAGGGCGUAUCGAUCCAACCCGGAGCAUGUGAUCAAGCAUGAGGAAAUCCAGUUGGAGGAUCAUUUGACCUAUGAGGAGGUCCUAGCCCAGAUUGUGGAUAAGCAGGAAAAGGAGUUGAGGAGGAAGAAGAUUGUCAUGGUAAAGGUGGUAUGGAGAAAUCAGGGUAGCGAGGCUGCAACUUGGGAGACAGAGAGUUGCAUGAGAGAGAAGAACCCAGAGUUGUUUAAUGGCAUUUAGAUCGGUAGUUGGCGAACUUCUGUGUACUCCCACUUUUAGUUCUCUUUUUAGUUCCCAUUUCUCGGUUUUUCAAUAAUAAGACCUGGUGGUUCAGUCCAGUUUCACGAUAGCUAGCAACUCGGUUCAACCUGCAAUUUCGAGGUCGAAAUUUCUUAAGGGAGAGGGAAAUGUCAUAUCUCAACUAGCGUCAUCCCUUCAACAACAACGUUGCUUCGUAAAAGGGACUAUAAUAUCCUUCCAAUUUCGGGGAUGAAAUAUUUAUAAGGGUGGAGGAAAUUUGCAGUUAGGUUUAGGUUCGACCUUAAUACGUGAUCGGUUGGGUUGACAGUUGCGUGCUAAAAUUUGCAAUCGCGGAUUAGUAACUAUUAUUAUUUUAUUUUAUAUAUAUAUAUAUCAGACUUGGCGGCCGAGCGGUCCUCAAUUAAUUGCCCCAAACCCUCUCAAUUAAUCUCCCCAGAGAGGAAGAAUCCCCCCAGCAGCCAAACCCUAACUAGCAGCCGCAAAUUCCCAAACCAAAAUCCCCCUCCCAUUUUUUUUGGCCCAACAACCGCCGCCCUGAUCUUGUUCCCAGCCCCGCGCGAGGUGAAAGAAAAAGAGGAAGAAAGAAGAAAGCGGCGCUCGCAGCCGAUCCCGAUCAUGAUUUCCUAGCCCAUUUCUUUAGUGUUUCUAGGUAAGGAUCACGAACCCCUUCGCGAUUUCUAAACUCGAUUCAUCGUUAGUAUAAUCCGAAGCUCGUAUUUAUUAGCGGUGACGUUUGAGGGUUCGAUCAACGAGGAGAUCAACGUCCCGGGUCAUCCAACCUAGGCUUAGGCACGUUUUAGAGGUAAGGGAACUCGAUCUCUUUGAGUUAGGUUGAUUAAUUUGGAAAUUUUUCAUGAGGGUGCAAUUCUGGAUUUUUAGCAACAGACGUUCAGGCCUUUAGUGACAGAUUUUGGGUGGUCACUAAAGCUGCUGGGAAUUUGCAGAAACUUAUUUUAGAUGUUUUAAAUUGUUUCGACCCUCUGUGGGUGUUUUUUCCUGGGUUUAAUAAUUUUAUAAAUUGAGGGAGGUCUAGGAGAUGACUUUCAUAUAAUUUUGGGAUUUCUGAAGAUGUAUUUCCAUUUUUAGAAAUUGUUUGAACAUUUUUUAAGUAAAUAAAGAUAUUUCCGAGGGGUUUUUAAGGGUCUGAUAAUUUUCUAGGGUACUGGUACUCAUGAAUGACGUAGGAAAAUUAUUAUUCGAAUUUUUAAGAAGGUACAAGUUAGGUGAAAAAUUCGUCCAAGACAAUAAUAAUUAGGAAAAGUGGUCGGUUUUGAAGGGAUUAUUUCUAGAAAAAAUUUAAAGGGUGUUAAGGGACCUUGGGAGCGAGUAUUGAGGGCUAGAGUUUGAGGAGAGGAUGUUCUAGUGACUCAAAAGGGAAUUAUAAAUCGAGAAAGGUCGACUAAGGAGAUGGCCUUCUUAUUAAUAGGUUCACCGAGAUAAUUCGGUUAGCAGGGAUUUCUUCGAGUAAGGAAUCGAGGAGUCAUCUUUUCAAGGUGAGUGUAAAGGGGGUAAAUUCUACGCCUUAAGAUAUUUUAGUUUUUUUAGAUUGAAUUCUAUGUGCUAAAUUUGCAUUUGUGUGUUUAUAUGAUGCAUGUGAUUGCGUGUGACUUAUGCUUCCAGUUAUACAUAUUAUAAUGUGUGCUUUAAUUAUAAGUAAGUUGAAGUUUAAGAACACGUUUUCUUUUAAAAGUACUUCACCUUUCAAGAAGGUGAAAUCGUUUUAAGUGUUUUUAGUCACUAGCGACAGUCCGGUUCCCUUUGAGAUAUUGAGAUAUAGCAGCAGUUAUGCUCUUGAGAAUUUUACGAUGAGCAGCAGUUAUGCUCUUGAGAAUCGUGGUGAAGAGCCAUCACGAUAAGUUUAAGAUGUUAGGGGGAUGAAUCAUUACUACUCCCCUAACUAAGUUUUUAAGGAAAGCCUCGAUGGCUUCUCAUACGUAUGAGUCGGGCAACCGGACUAGCUAGUGAGGGAUCCCAGUGUCACUCAAAUUUUUAAGUUGAGAUUUGAGUUUUAAGAAUAAAAUCUUAAAGGGUGGAAGUAUCAUCCACCAGUUUAAGUUAAGUUCUUAAGUAAGAAAUACUAGAGAUUUCAAUCGUAAGGGCGUAGACUAACCCCAACUCAGUCACGAGAUCGUAGAGCAGGAAAUCCUAACCAGCCAAUCCGUGAUCAGCAAGCUAGAGGAGCUCAAUACCCCCGUCGCUGAGAGAUGUCGAGCCAGGCGUCAGAGUAAGCAUCGAAGAACUUUUUCAAGUUAUUAAGACUUUAUGGUUAAGAGUUAAAGACUGGAGAUUCAUUUUUUUGGGACGAUUUGAGUUUUGCCCACUUGUUUAGGGCUUCGAUUUGAGAUAUUAAGAUAUUUGAGUUUGGUAUUUUAUUUAAAGUUGUGUUAUUUGAGAUUUUUAAUUAUACCCCGGGGUAGAAAUGUAUUUUUCCAAGUUCAAAGUAGCGAAAUGUUUCAGCAUAAUUGGAGGAUUUUAAAUGACUGUUAUAAGUUUUGAUAAGUCAUGCAUAUGGUAUAAGUAUUUGGAGGUGUUACACUUACCCCACACUUUAUGUAUUUACUAUCAUUGAAACAAUUUUCUAUUAGUGGAGCAUGAUAGCACCAAGACAAUUAUAAAGAUGUGAUGAUUCACAUCAAUGAGAAAUUUAGGACUAAAGAAAUUAAAAAUAAAUGAAAAUGCCUAAUAGAUUGUCCUCACAUGGUAUGAAACCCCAACUAACUUAUAAUUCAAAUUCCAAUUUACAUAACUAUAAAAAUUGUCACACCAGAAUGUCAGGUAAAUUCUAAAUUAGUAUGACAAGUAGAAAUAUUACAUUUUAAUUCAAACAAAUGAAAAUAAGAGUAGCGGGUGUUAGGGGUGAAAGCUUGUCCCGGAAGACCUACUGACCCGUCCCGUCCCUAAGGGUCGGGACGGGUCAGUUUGUCUACAGGGACAGAAUAGGGACGGGUCAUUUAUUGACCCUAUAAGGGUCGGGACGGGUCGGGACAACUUAGGGACGGGUCACGUUUUGACCCUGUGACCUUUAGCAACAACAAAUAUCACAUACUUCA